AUGAACGGCAUGGGUCUGCUCAUCUCCGCGCUCAGGUCGCGUCCGGAACAGCGCGAAAACUUGGGGUUAAAUCCCAGGAAGGCCAUCCCAUCAUGCAUACAGAUAGAUACCAGGUUCUCCAUCGUUGCGUAUUCGAGCCGCUUGUAA